CACAGCCAAACCCUAAACACCAAAGCCGCCGCAUAUAAAUUUCGUCGCCUCCCCUCUUCUCCCCUCAGCCGCCGCCGCUCCCAGCCCGUGCGUGCUCCGCUCCUCGCCGCCGCCGCACCUCCGCCGCGAAGCGCAUCGGAACACUUCCUUCAACAUGGGGAAGACACGUGGUAUGGGAGCUGGGCGCAAGCUCAAGACCCACCGCAGGAACCAGAGGUGGGCUGACAAAGCAUACAAGAAGAGCCAUUUGGGCAAUGAGUGGAAGAAACCCUUUGCUGGGUCAUCUCAUGCCAAGGGCAUCGUUCUGGAGAAGAUUGGUAUUGAGGCCAAACAGCCAAACUCUGCUAUCCGUAAGUGUGCUCGUGUUCAGCUUGUGAAGAAUGGCAAGAAGAUUGCUGCUUUCGUGCCAAAUGAUGGUUGCUUGAACUACAUCGAGGAAAAUGAUGAAGUGUUGAUUGCUGGAUUUGGUCGUAAGGGUCACGCUGUGGGAGAUAUUCCUGGUGUCCGAUUCAAGGUUGUCAAGGUUUCGGGUGUGUCUCUGCUUGCCCUUUUCAAGGAGAAGAAGGAGAAGCCAAGGUCUUAGAUUGCUCUCGACACUUGAUAUUAGCAAGCAUGUAGUAGAAAAUUUGAAGGCUUUAGAUGUUUAAGAAUGGCUGCUUGCUAUGUUUACAGCUCACUCUUGCAGUUGUUAAUCUAAGAUUGUGUUGGUGAAAACUUCCUGUCAGACUUGCUUCUGUUAAGAGAAUAGUACUAUCAUGAGUUUUGUUCGCCGAGAAUGUUAGCAGCUUGCCUUUUCCGGAUA